AUGUCAGGGCUUUAUGAUGCAUACCAUUUGAGACCGGAUGAGCUGCCGCCUUCAAGUACGGAUUCUAGCCAGGACUCUAUGGUCUCCUUGCGAUCAUCACAAUCAUCGCAAUCGCCCGCAACGAGCGAUGCCUUCAAAAAGAUAUGCUUAGCGUGUCGAACUGGAGACUACGAGACCGUCGAUUCACUUUUAAGUACACCGAAUUUGGACCUAAAUCAACUAGAUGAGUUUGACUACUCGCCAUUGAUCCUCAGUUCCUUGUGCGGUCACAUCUCGAUCGUGGAGCUCUUGCUCAAGAGAGGCGCUGUUUGCGAUAGAGACACUUUCCAAGGAGCCAGAUGUGUAUAUGGUGCGCUAACUGACGAGAUUCGAGACUUGCUAGUCAGUUUCGACAUCUCCAAAGCCGUGGACAUGAACCAACCAUUUGCGGGGCACAUUGCGUCCUUGCUUGCAUCGAGAUCCAACAAAGAUAUCGUCUUUAAAUUCAAUAGAGGUCCAGGUAAGGCGCCCGAUGCAGUAGCGUUGCACAGAUUCAUCUUGUCCGCAAGAUCGCCAUACUUCAAAGAGAAACUUGGCAACGACUGGCAGUACUUGACCGUGGUGACGAUGCCCCAGUCUGUGGAUUUUGAAGCUUUCAAGGUGGUGAUUGACUACAUAUAUUUGCGAACCGACUCCAUGAGGAUCACCGAUGAAGCAUUAACUCCAGCAAUACGUGACUUGGCAGUCAAGUAUCAACUUCCCGAUCUAAUUGACGGCGUCGAAAGGAUUAGUCGCGCCGGUGCUAGCGAAAAAGAGCGGUCCAAAGUGAAGCACGACUUGGCCUUCACUGUUGUUGAAAAAGCCAGGAAAGAUAUGGAUACCUUUUUAAGACAAGGCAUUCUUGCGGAAAAGUUGACAUCGCCGAUGAACUUGAGCGAAGAAGUGGACCUUGAAGAUAUCAAUUGUCAAGAGUUUAUCGAGGACCAACAGCGAAGCAGCUUUCUCGAGUUGUCCGCGGUGCCGGAUGUUAUAUUGGCGUACAUCGACUCCUACUCGGAAAGUGUAAUUUACUUUCCUGUGAAUAAAUCGAUCUUGGCGAGGUCGGAGUACUUUGACACCAUGUUCAAAUCGGAGUUUUUCCUUUUAUCGGAGGAGGAUAUCCCCUUGUACAAAGAAGACGGGGUUGUGAUAAUCAACAGACCCGCGUUUGAGUCUUCCAACCUACCAAUUAUACAGUUAUCCAACAGCACGGCCACAGGUAAAGUUGCCACUAUGGUGCUAUCAUAUUUAUACCACGACGAUGUGCAAGAGAUUCCAUUGGAAAAUACGGUGGAGCUUCUCUACGCUGCAGAUGAGCUAUUUCUCGAGCGUUUGAAAACAAUGUGCGCCGUGAGGGUCAGCUCCCAAUUUGCCUCGUUCACUUUUGCCGAGUUUCAGCAAUUGGCACCGGCUCUCAAAAACGACGCUUACGACCUCAUACGAGUUUCGUGGGACAAUCGUUGCGACAAGCUCGAACAGCACGUUAGUAAAAUGAUUGCAUACAACUUGAAGUACAUAUAUGAAGAUGGAGCCGAAAGAAGCAAAUUGGUGCUGUUGAUUGCCGACUCGGCAGCUCGGAUCCAGGAGCGUCAGGACACGGACACGAUUGAACUAGUUGAUGACAUUAGAUACUACUUGACGAAAAAGUAUGCCAUCCACGAGGACGGUGAGAGUUUUGACCCUUUAAAUUUUGGCCAAACCACCAGGUCUGAAGACAUCAAGUUGUAUCAAAACGCAGUCUUGAUGUACGAGCAGGACAUUGCAAUUGUUGACAGUAUGCUAGAGCUGUUGAACUUGGAUGCUUAG